ACAUGGGAGCAAUAUGGCAGAUAUGAAUUUAAUCGCUGAUGGUCGUGUUAAAUACAGAGAUGGCAAAAAGUGGAAGUUACGAUGGUGCGCCGUCAGGAUGCCGUCACCAGUGGCUGACCGUUUGCAGGUAUACCUGUACAAAGACUGCAAAGAUGCUCUCAAAGACGGCAAUGCAAAAAACACAUUUCCUCUCGAAGGUUUCUAUGGCAUUGAAUCUGGGUUCACUUAUGAGAAGGAAGACAAUGUCAUGGCCAUUAUUUGCCAGAAAUCGGUGAUUCUUAUGUCUUUUGAAUCCAGAGAACUUAUGAUACAUUUUGAACUGCGUAUUCGACGAUGUCUAGGAGAAGAGCACCAAUAUCGAGUACGGAUCUUAAAGGUACCCCAGGGUAGUAAACUUCCUUUAGAAAAUGUCCGAAUGCAUAUCCACCAUGACAAGUUCUGCCUGGCAGCUUAUAUCCCACCAAAGAUGUUACAGUCUUGGAGAAUACAUGAUUUACGCAGAUUUGGUGUUGUUGAAGGAAAAUUCGUCUUUGAAGGUGGAUCUCGCUGUCGAAAAGGUUCGGGUGUUCACAUUAUUGCUACUGAGCAAGGUGAGGAGGUCGCUGAAAUAUUCCAAGCUGCUAGUGAAGGAAAACCCACAGCAGGUGAGCGCAAAUGGCCAGUGAUGCUAAGAAGAUCCCAAAUAAAUGAGUUCUUGGACAGUCCUUUCAAAUCUCAGUACAGUGAUACACCAAGUUCUACCAGCUCUGUUGAAAUGGACUCUCGGUCAAAUGACUCAGAAUGGCGAAAACGGCAUUCAAUAAGUGCAGCAGACUAUGGUUGGGCACAGGGAUAUGGUGAGAAAAAUAAACUAAUAAGUAUUGAGAACUUAGAAAAUGAGGCCCGAGAUCAUUUGCUUGCUAUUUAUGAUAUCCCACCUCGACGUAUACGCAAAGUGGAAUUUUUGAGUCCAAAUCGGAAUUCUCUCCAACCCUCUCCCAAUAGAAAUACACUAAUUCCUCACCUAACAGAAGGUUCCACAAACAGCAAGUUAAGCUCUGUAGACAACAACAGCAAAAAUUACUUUCCAAAUGCCAAUCGAAAUGGGAAUCAGUACCAUUCAUUUGAGUCUUUCAUGCCAUCUCCUACCAAUGGGAACACUCACUAUGAAAAUGAAAUAACUACCUCCACUCCAUUUCCUGGAGGAAGUGUUAUUGAUACAGAAAUAGACCGAGCAACCACACAGACACGUCGGCAGGAUGCCCAGAACAAACUACAUAAAGAAGAGCAAAAUCUCCAAAGAGAAAUAACUUUGCUUGAUGAAAUGCUGCAGGUUUGGCAGUUAGAAGAGACUAAACCAAAUGGGGGCCAGACACAACCAAAAUAUGUUGUAAGUAUGCAGGGACAGCCCAUGUUGCAAAACAAAAAAUCCUACCAAAAUACAAAUGCAUGGGUUGAUGCUAAUUUUACUGAUAAUGACGUUCAGUUCCGCAGUAACAGCUGUUCUUUGAAUAAUGCUCCUUCAUCUAAUCGGACUAGUACUGGAUAUUGGGACAGUGGCAUGCUUAGUCCAAAUCUUCUGUCUAAGCUUAACAAGAUUCCACAAAAUUCACAGCUAGCAGCACCUCUACCUUAUGUAAAUCUGGAAAAAUACGAUGUUGGCGAUGAUCGACGGCAUUUGUCUGUCUCUUCAAAUGAAAGUGCUGAUAUUCUACUUCCAGACACCAGGUCCCAAAAUUAUGAUAACUUGAAUCUCGAGUACAAUCAUCCACCAUUGCCAAAUAAAACACAACAGCAAAUUGAUUAUCAUAAUAACAUCUAUUUCCCUCAACAAGAUUCAAAAGCUGAAAACAUUUCCCAGAAUGUAAAUUCCCCUAAAACAGAGGAUUGUUCCAGAGAAUAUUCACCACCUCCAAAAUUACCCCCAAAGGGACCAUUAUUGCAAAAUAGAAAUCGUCAACGUCAGUUACUACCUUCCAUUAACAACCCAGUAUCUCCAGUUCCACAUAUAUCUCGAAGACACACCAUGUCUCCAGAUUCUUCCAGUAGUUCUGAUUUAAGUCCAUAUCACAUGUCACACAUUGGAAACCCUUCGUCUGUCCGUUUAAAAGACCAAGAUAAUAACUCUGAUGAUUCGUAUUUUAUGAUGAGUGGAUUUGCUAAGGAAGAAAAGUGUGAAGAGUCAGACCUCCUAAAAUCACCAAUCCUACCUCAUGGUAAUUCAAACAUGACACGUGCUUACAUGGAUAUGACUGGUAAAUUUGAGAUUCCAACUGGCUUUCCCCCACCUCCUUGUCCAUCCACUCAUAACUCUCCUGGUCGAACUUCCAUUUAUGAACCCAAUAUAACUCAGUGUUGUGCUCCUCCACCUCCAUUGAGCACAAUGCCAGCCGAAAUGAUGAGAUCCCAGCCAAUAGCAACGGGAAAUCCAGAGGAAAAUUACAUGGAGAUGGGAGGCAGCCCUAAAAAAUCAGCUACAGAAAACUUCCAAACCUCAAAUAUAAGCAUAUGUUCAAACCCUAGUUCUCCAACUUUAUUUUCGAAAGAUAUUACCACUUCACUGAGUUCAGAUUUCUCUUCUUCUUCAUCUUUAUCUACAAACUGUAACCCAGUACCAUUUCCUAACUUAAAAAAUUUUCAGAUUUUAAAUAACGAAAAGUCUAAUGACGGAAGUGGAAACAAUCAAUCUGCAAAUAAAGGAACUAACAAAGAUAAACACCAGGAAAACAAUAUGAAAGCUCCAGGGUUUUUUUCUCGUUUAAUUCGACGUAAUUCCAAAGACCAAACCAAGAACUCCUCUCUGAGCCAAGAAAAUUUGGCCUCAUCAAACUCACCUGUUGAUAGAACUAGCUCAGUUGGGCUGCCUUGUAAUCCUGUAACUGUAGAAAAUGUAGAAUCUGUGCCACCAGAACAAGGUCAGUCAUUGGGGGAACGACAACGAUCUUCCAGUUUUCCCAGUGAGAAUUGCUACCAAGAUAUGGUUCCAGAAUUACCUAAGUGUAAUCCUUCGGUUGACCAGAAGCAGACUGCUGGUUAUCCACCUUUACCUUUUAGUUGUCAUCGUUCUGGUACUUCUUCCUGCAGUCCAAAUUCUAAUAACACAACACCAACUAAAUGCCAUAAUUGUCAACAAUCCUUCAGCCAGAUGAAAUGCAACUAUAAAAUGCAACCGUGUAGUGUUUCUCAUUCAGCCUGCCAGAGUCCUUCCAAAGAGUCACAUUUAGAUACAGCUAACCAAAAUCUAAAACAGAUUUCAUCAAUGUCUUUUGAAUCAAAUGACCAUGAAAACUACAGCAGUGAUGUGUCUGAUUCAUAUAUAUUCAUGGGACCACUUUUCGGUAAAGAAGAAAUUCCAAAUGAAAUCAGUAGCAAUUCACCAACGAACACACUUAAUGACCCUUGCACCAAAAACAAUGUAUUAACUGCUUACCCUGUGUCCUCCUCCGGAGGAGGAGAAGAAGUAAUGCCUCCUGAACAAUUCCAGACCAAUAAUUCUUCAAAAACAGAUGAUGAGAAAUUAUUAGAACUGUAUCAGUUGGGUAAAUCUCAACUGAAAGAAGAAAGCUUUGAACCAGCUGUCACUACGAAUACAUCAGAACUGAAAGAUAAACUCAGUUUGCCUUUGAACCCAGCUAUAACUCCGGAUGAACAAGCUGCAGCCAUAGCUCGACAUGUGGCUGGGUUACCUCCAUUUAUACCUCCUAAAACCAAGUCUCAUCCUUGUAGUUUGUCCCCUGUAUUUGAAUCCAAUCCCUGUUUGACACCAGAGGUAACUGGAAUAAAGUUAAAGUAUGAACCUGAAUUCCAGGAAAUUCCUGAACCUUUCCAAUUGAAAGACUUGUCAGAUUAUGUUCAGCAAAAGCAACAGGUGCAAUCCUCUUUACGUAUUGCUCCUGCAUCAGACCCAUUGGUUGAAGAAUCUGUAUGGAUCCCUAGGACCACUGAUGCAACAGAAGAUGAAAGUUCCCAGACAUCUGAAGCUAAACAACUCAGAUCAAAUGAUGCCAGCCCACAAGAUGAUGAACCCUUACUCACACCUAAUGCAGGAACUGUUGAGUCUCUGUCUGCUGAGGAUGCUGUGCGCAGUAGUCCUGCAUCAACAAUUUUAAGACCUCGGUCUGGUAAAGAUUACCAACUUGUUGAACGAAAGAAAUCUAUUGAUGGCUGCAGUGCUGAUACCGGCAGCCCUCAAACACCACAAUCUGCUUCUGCAGGUCUUGUAUUUACAUUCGAUAAUUUACCUCAAGCAGUUUCAAACAAUAUCAAUAACAAUUCUCCACCACCCCAAAAUGAAAAUCCGGCUUAUGUAAAUUUAGGCCGUGAUCCAGAUACACAUGAGUCCGUAUCUUCUUAUGUGAAUAUAGACAUGACGCCUCCAUGUUCUCCUUUUACCUCUGUAGACCAACCAGAACCCCUAUUGAACUAUGCUGAAAUUGACCUUUCUUCUAAUUUUCCAAACGGUCCCACUCAAAUGAAGGCAACAAAUCCCAGAGAUUCUAUAAUAGACUAUGCUACAAUUGAUAUGGUUGCCACUGUAGCAGCUCAAAAGGCAGGGGAAGAACAUGCUCAGUCUCGUGGAGAAUGUUUCCAAGCAUCAAACCGGAAAUAUUCAGCAGCAAAUCUCAGUAAAGACAGUAAGUCAAUAACAGGACAUCUAAAAGAAAGAAAAUCUUCUAGCGUUUCAGACUGAAAUAUAUAUUUUUAAAUUGCUAGAAAACAAGAAACUUUCAACAGAAGUUCUCUAUUAAGGUUUUGUUUAUAUACAUGUGUGUAUAUAUAUAUAUAUAUAUAUGCAUAUAUAUGUAUAUUCCCAUGUCAGCAUGGACAAUAGAUGUUUAAUGAUGAUGAGGAUAUAUAUAUAUAUCAAUAAAGCCAAUGUUAGAAUUGGGACCACUAGUCUGAGAAAUUUAACAUCAUCUAAGAGUCCUAAAUAUCUGAGAUGUUGUUCAUUAAGAUAUAAUUUUCCAAGUUAUUAAUUAAAACAUAUUUCUGUGAAAUAAAUUUUCAUAAUUGAAAUAGAACCAGACAGAAGGAAAACUUAGAGAAAUCUAAGAAUAUAUGUAUGUAUAUGUUUGUGUGUGUAUAUAUAUAUAUAUAUAUAUAUAUAUACACACACACACACACACAUAUAUAAGCUGAAAGCAAAAACAUACAAAUAACCUAAAAAUGUAAUAUAAUUUGAACAUGUCUGUGGCUUAAUGAAUAAGCUCAUUAUUACCUUUAAAUUAGUAAUAAAGAUUCCUAGUUCAAAUCCAGUCUAGGAAUAAAUAAAUAAACAUAUAUAUAUAUAUAUAUAUAUAUAUAUAUAUAUACAUAUAAAGCUUCCCGUUUAUAUAUAUAUAUAUAUAUAUAUGAUGCACACUGCUGAUGAUAGGAGAUCAAUCUAUUCAAAACACAGUGCUGAUGUAAAUAUACUGUAUAGAUAAGGUUAAUAGUCUGGAAAAUUAUAAUCUUAAUCAUCUAAGAGGUUUAUUCUGCUAUUGCUCUAAAUUAUUUUCUGUUGAUCAUAAAUCCAAGUAAGUCCCAUUUCUGUCAAACAUUUACUGCCAUGGCUAUACAAAACUUGGUCAUUAUUCUUGUAUAUCAUUGAUUGUUUCUUUUUAACUGUUUAUCAAGCAUUCUCUGAUGUGCCAGGUUAUGUUUUAUAACCCACUAGGUCUCACUCCAGAUUUCAUCCUACAUUCUGUUCAGUAGGGAUUUGCAGUUUCUGUUAGCUCAUCGUAUUUUAUUGAAGAUGAGAUUAACAUGGCCAAUUUAAUGUUUAAGAAAAAAAAACCCCACCUGAAUUGUCUCAUGUUUCGAAAAGGAGGAAAAUAAAUGAUCUCUAAAAUUAUCACAUUUUAAUACAAGGAAAUAAGACAUUUCUCAAAAGCUAGAUGGUGAUCAAUUGUAAUGGGGAGAAAGUAUUCAAAGCUGUUAACAUAAUACCACAUCCACAGAUUUACUUAUCUUUAAUGAUUUAUUCUAUUAAUUUAAAUAAAAAAAGCAGUUAUAUUUUGAAAUUAUUCAAAGAAGAUCCCAAUUGAUUUUCUCUUACAAAUUCUUCUAUGUGCCUCGUACAGUUAUUUUUUAAACUAUUGUCACAAGAAGUUAAGCUCUGGAAUAUUUUGUCACUUAAUGCUAGAAUAUAUUUGGAUUUUCUCCUUGAUUCUUUUACAUGUUUGUCACAACUGGGAUACUGGAAAAAUAUAAUUUUAAAAAUGAGGAACCCAUGACAUAAGCCUUUUAACCAACUGCCAAAAUAUUUUGAACUAAAAUCAAUCUCUGCGCUUGAAAUAAUCAAAUAUAUUUUAUAUGUUAAUAUGUUAGAAAUCAUCGGAAGCUUAAUGUUUGAAAAUAGAACUGAUAUUUUAAAUAUUUUUGUGAAUAAGCUCUGUCAUAUGUAACUAGUCUAAAGACAGAACUCAAAAUAUGAGUUUUGUCCGUAAAACAAUUUUGUUUUUGUUUUUAAGAAAACCAAAAAUUAUUUGAAUAGUUACAAUUUUAUUUUGUUAUUAGCUUAAUUACAGACCAUUUCCCCACUAAUAUUAUUCUUAAUUUUCAGAAUAAUGAAUAAAAUUUAAUAAAUAAUGAGGCACUUUUAGGUAUCGAGAAGUGACACAUCUUGUAAAUAGUCUUAGUAAAGUUAUGGUGAUGGUGAUGAUGCCCUGUCAGACAAGGUUAACUAUGCAUUUGUACACAUAUGCACAGACCUGGGCAGGGUUUUUUUUGUUCAUGCAAGAAGACUGGAAGUUAAUGAUGCAUGCAAGUCCCUUCUCUCUACCACCAAUGUUUAUCCGAAAGAAAGGUGACUCACUUAA